UUUUUCGGCUGUUCCAGGGAAUUGUUCGGGACAUAAGUGCAGCAUUUCGACACAUUGGUCGUGUUCUAACGCAAAAUGUCUUCGCGAAAAACAGCUGGACGCCGUGGAACAACGAAGAAACGAGCCCAACGCGCAACUUCCAAUGUAUUUGCGAUGUUCGAUCAGGCUCAGAUUCAGGAAUUCAAGGAAGCCUUCAACAUGAUUGAUCAGAAUAGGGACGGAUUUGUCGACAAAGAAGAUUUGCAUGACAUGCUAGCGUCUUUGGGCAAGAACCCCACCGAUGAGUACCUGGAGGCAAUGAUGAAUGAAGCCCCUGGGCCAAUUAAUUUUACGAUGUUCUUGACGCUAUUUGGGGAACGUUUGCAAGGAACUGAUCCUGAAGAGGUGAUCAAGAAUGCCUUCGCAUGUUUUGACGAGGAGAGCAGUGGUUUGGUUCAUGAAGAUCGCCUUCGGGAAUUGCUGAUAUCCAUGGGCGAGCGUUUCACUGAUGAUGAUGUUGAUGAAAUGUAUCGUGAGGCACCUAUCAAGAAUGGAAUGUUCGAUUACGUGGAAUUCACCCGCAUCCUGAAACACGGUGCCAUGGAGAAGGAUGAACAGUGAAACCAAGCAGCUAGACGAGAAUGUAGGAGGAACCAGUUUUCUCCCGAAAUUGUGGAACAACGUUUGCUGAGUGUGGCCAUGGGUUUAAGCCUUCGAUUUUCUCUCAAAAUACCCCACUGAAUCCAUCCUGGAUUUCUGUCCAUCAUCGUUUUAAAGCAUGGUGCAUUGGAUUUUGGUUUCUCCCUGUUGAACCAGCGCACGACAGAGAAGCUGUAUAACAUUAACGAAUUUCGUGUAACAAAUUAAUGAUAUCCUUGUGUUUUUUUUUGGCAAUUUUAAUUGUGAUUAAUUUUCGAGUUAUCAACGUGAUUCGCGGAUGGCUUUCGUCGUGGUUCAGCCUUGCUUCGAACACGGUUCAUUCAUUUUUUUUAUUAAUUUUUAUUUCGAGCCCGUAUUUUGAGUGAAUUUUACGAAGUGUAUGUGAAGAGAAAUUGGAUGCUAAGAUGUGAGAUUUGUGUGUUUUAAAUCCUGAAGCUUCAGCUUUGUACCAUUUUCUUGCUGCAUUAAAUCUGUAUUUUCUUCACGAAGA